AUGGUGUCAGUGAGCACUCAACAUGAUCAAAUUUCUUCUUUAAACCCUUUCCAGUAUCUUCUUCGCAUUCGAUAUUCCCACUCUUUUGGGGGUUUCAAUUGGAAACGCAGAAAGCCGAUUCAGUCAGAGAAUUUUUCACUUUCUGCUAUGGCUAUCAAUGGAGAACAGUCGCACCAAUCUCACAGAUCACGUCAAUCUGGUCCUACCGCCAAGAAAAAAUGUAAGCAGAGACGUUUGCAGUUUAUAGAGUGUCUGAAUGAUAUCAAUGGAAUGAUUGAUGUAGCAAAGUUUGCGGAUUUGGCAUUGCUUCUCAUUGACGGUAGCUAUGGCUUUGAAAUGGAGACCUUUGAAUUCCUUAAUAUACGGCAAAAUCAUGGAUUUCCUAAAGUUAUGGGUGUUCUUACACAUUUCGACCAGUUCAAGGAUGUUAAGAAGCUUAAAAAGACGAAGCAACGGUUAAAACAUAGAUUUUGGACUGAGAUAUAUGAUGGAGCUAAAUUAUUUUAUUUGUCUGGUCUUAUCCAUGGGAAGUACUCUAAACGUGAAGUGCAUAAUCUUCCUCGGUUUAUCUCUGUCAUGAAGUUUGCUCCUUUAUCCUGGCGCAUGUCCCACCCCUACAUUGUUGUAGAUCGAUUUGAAGAUGUAACUCCCCCUGAAAAAGUGCGCAUGGACAACAAGUGUGACAGAAAUGUCAUUUUGUACGGUUAUCUUCGUGGUUGUAAUAUGAAGAAAGGAACAAAGGUACAUAUUGCUGGUGUUGGUGAUUAUAGCUUAGCUGGUAUAACAGCAUUACCUGAUCCAUGCCCUCUACCAUCUGCUGCCAAGAAGAAGGGUCUAAGGGACAAGGAAAAGCUGUUUUAUGCCCCCAUGUCUGGAUUGGGCAAUCUUCUUUACGAUAAGGAUGCUGUGUAUACAAACAUAUAUGUUCACUUUGUCUAGUUCUCUAUGGUUGAUGAUACUGCUGCUGUUGGG